GUUUAUGUUAAGAUUAUUGUUUUGUGUGAUUAUUAAUGUAAAGCUGCAGUAAUAAAGUUGAAUUAAUGUUACACGGUGUUCUUUAAAUUUAUUCAAGAUGCCGAAGGAACAAUAUCGCGAAACUUAUAUUGGGCGAAAAAUUUCGCAUGUCACGUUCAAUGUGGACAGCCCGGCUGCUAUCCAGCAAGCUGCCCAUAUCCAGGUCAUCACCAAGAACCUGUAUGCCCAGGAUGGCCAGAGGGUGCCGGCGACUAAUGGUGUACUGGACAGGAGAAUGGGUACAAAUCAGAAGGAUGCCAACUGUGAUACAUGCGGGCUGGGCCUGGCGGAGUGUGUCGGACACUUUGGGUACAUACAGCUGGCCCUGCCCGUCUUCCACAUCGGAUAUUUCCGAUCUAUCAUUACUAUACUACAGACCAUUUGCAAGAAUUGUUCACGAGUAAUGCUACCGGCAAUUCUGAGAAGGGCUUACUUGCGUAAAUUCAUGAAUCCUGAACUGUCGUACUUGCAAAAAAAGAACCUUCGGACUGCAGUCCACAAGAAGGCGAAGGCUUGCACCAAAUGCCCUAACUGUGAGACUUUGAACGGCAUGGUAAAGAAGAGUCCGGCUGGCAUCCUUAAAAUUAUCCAUGACAAGUAUCGUACUAAGAAGCCUACCGAUGGUAUUGUCAAGCGAGUGCUGAAGGACUUCCAUGAAGCGAAGGAGUCUAACAAGGAGCUGACGACUAUGAUCAACAGCGGACUUGUUGUUGAGAUGAGUCCUGUGGAGGUGAUGGAAUUAUUCUGUCGCAUCCCGGACGAUGACAUUCCUUUGUUGGGUAUGAAUCCGCGCCUGACGCGGCCAGAGCACCUGAUCCUGACUCGCCUGCCCGUGCCACCGCUGUGUAUCCGACCAAGCGUCGUUUCUGAUAUCAAGGCUGGAACAAAUGAAGAUGACCUAACAAUGAAACAGUCAGAGAUUCUUUUGAUAAACGACGUAAUAUCGCGACAUAUAGCUAGCGGGGGCAAGAGCGACCUGGUACAGGAGGACUGGGACUACCUUCAGCUACACGUCGCUCUUUACAUCAACAGCGAAAUGUCUGGCAUUCCGCUGUCUAUGCAGCCUAAAAAACCGGGUCGUGGUUUAGUACAGCGUUUGAAAGGCAAGCAAGGUCGUUUCCGUGGCAACCUAUCAGGAAAACGAGUGGACUUCUCAAGUCGUACUGUCAUUUCUCCUGAUCCUAAUCUUCAAAUUCAAGAGGUUGGAGUACCAGUACACGUGGCGAAGAUUUUAACAUACCCAGAGCGGGUGUUCCCUGCCAACCUGCUAUGGCUUCGGAAGCUGGUCUGCAAUGGACCUGAUGUGCAUCCUGGAGCCAACUAUGUACAGCAAAAAGGGUUGAAGCAUAAGAAGUACCUUAAAUAUGGUAAUAGAGAGAAGAUUGCGCAGGAGUUGAAGUGUGGCGACGUGGUAGAGCGCCACCUGGUGGACGGUGACGUGGUACUGUUCAACCGCCAGCCCUCGCUACACAAGCUCUCCAUCAUGUGUCACCGCGCCAGGGUCCAGCCACAGAGGACCUUCAGAUUUAACGAGUGCGUGUGUACGCCAUAUAACGCGGAUUUCGAUGGAGACGAGAUGAACAUGCAUCUACCGCAGACUGAGGAGGCCAGGGCCGAGGCACUCAUACUUAUGGGGAAUAAAUCUAACUUGGUGACACCUCGUAACGGCGAGUUGCUGAUCGCUGCGACCCAAGACUUCAUCACCGGAGGGUACCUGAUGACACAGAAGGAUAGUUUCUUCACGAAAGAUGAAGUUGGGCAACUGGCAGGGUGCCUCCUGGCCGGGACUGAUGCCAACAUGAGGAUCGACAUACCAACCCCUGCAAUACUCAAACCUAAGCAACUUUGGACUGGGAAACAGAUUUUUAGUCUAAUAAUGAAACCCAACAAGAAGUGCGAGGUGAAGGCUAACUUAGAGACCAAGGGCAAGAACUACACCGGGAACAAGGACAUGUGUGUGCAGGACUCGUACGUGAUAAUAAGGAACUCGGAGCUGCUGUGCGGUUCCAUGGACAAGAGCACCCUGGGCUCCGGCACCAAGAAUAGUAUCUUCUACAUCAUGCUGCGGGACUGGGGCGAGGAGUAUGCUGUCAGGGGGAUGUGGAGGUUAGCGCGUAUGGCGUCCUUCUAUAUAAUGAACAGAGGCUUCAGUUUCGGCAUCGUCGACGUCACGCCGGGGAGGAGACUUAUCGAUGCCAAGAACAAAUUGCUUGAGGCUGGGUACUCAAAGUGCGAUGGUUACAUCCUGGAGAUGGAGAAGGGCACGCUGCAGUGUCAGCCCGGCUGCACCAUGGAGGAGACACUCGAGGCUGUCAUGCUCAGCGAGCUCAGCAGCAUCAGAGAGUUAGCAGCGAAGGCGUGUUUCCGCGAGCUACACCCCAGCAACGCGCCGCUUGUCAUGGCACAGAGCGGCUCCAAAGGUUCGAACAUCAACAUAUCGCAGAUGAUCGCGUGCGUGGGUCAGCAGGCGCUGAACGGGAAGCGAGUACCCAACGGGUUCGAAGACAGGUCGCUACCACAUUUUGAGAGGCAUUCCAAGAUUCCAGCGGCGCGUGGUUUCGUAGAGAACAGUUUCUACUCGGGCCUCACUCCGACGGAGUUCUUCUUCCACACGAUGGGAGGGCGCGAGGGUCUCGUCGACACUGCUGUCAAAACUGCCGAGACUGGGUACCUGCAGCGACGACUGGUCAAGUCAUUAGAAGACCUGGUCUUGCACUAUGACAUGACGGUCCGCAACGCGAUGGGCGAGGUGGUGGAGUUCCGGUACGGCAGCGACGGCCUGGACCCCAGCUACAUGGAGGGGAAGGAUCGACCCGUGGACCUGGCCAGGGUACUCGCUGAUGUACGCGCCAAGUAUCUGUCUAGGGACGAGGAUCCCCUGGACGGCGACGGCAUCGAGCUGGCUGCGGCGGAGACACUAGCGCUAGAUGACUUCAAAACCUGCACACAGGAGUUCAAAAACGAGUUGCUAACAUUCUUGAAGUCCAUAGCAGCGAAGGUCCGCAAGCUCCGCGCGCGCUACGCCGGCUGCGGUCCGCUGGUGAAGCAGCUGGAGCGCCUGACGCUGACGCAGCUGGUGCAGUUCCUGCGCGUCUGCCACCACAAGUACCAGCGCAGUGUCAUCGAACCCGGGACCGCCGUCGGGGCGCUCGCUGCGCAGAGCAUAGGAGAGCCAGGUACUCAGAUGACUUUGAAAACAUUCCACUUCGCUGGAGUAGCCUCCAUGAACAUCACGCAGGGAGUGCCCAGGGUCAAGGAGAUCAUCAACGCAUCCCGCAACAUAUCCACUCCCAUCAUCACCGCCGAGCUGAUGCAGCCCACGGACCAGGAGUUUGCCAGGAGAGUCAAGGGCAGGAUUGAGAAGACCACGCUAGGAGAGGGCGAGGCGGGAGGGAGUGUCAGACUCUUACUGACCAAAAACCACCCCAUUCCUACUCCUGCACUUCGAGCCGGAGCCCCCGGUAACCCGUUAAGUUCUCCGCAGCUGCGUAUACAGACCCUGGCAGAGAAUGAAAUCACGACAUACAUAGACGAGAUGUACCUGGCCAACGAGUGCUUCCUGCUCGUCCGCCUGGACGCCGAGAGGAUCCGACUGCUGUGUCUAGAAGUCAACGUCGAGUCCAUCGUGUACUCAAUAUGCACAUCGAAGCUCAAAAUAAAGCCGGCGAACAUCCACAUAGUAUCAGACUGGGCUAUAAAGGUAUCAGCCGAGCCGAGCAAGCAGGGCGGCUGGCUGAACCUGUCGCUGCAGCAGUUGGCGCGCCAGCUGCCGGCUGUCGUCGUCAAAGGCCUGCCGCAGGUCGCCAGGGCUGUCAUCGCCUGCAAUGAUACUGAUACUGUACCCACUUACAAGCUGUGCGUGGAAGGAGACGGACUGCGUGACGUCAUCGCCACGUACGGAGUCGAUGGCACCAAGACCACCUCCAACAAUAUACUCGAGGUAUUCCACACGCUAGGCAUAGAGGCUGCGAAGUCUACCAUCAUCAGUGAGAUCCAGGCCGUGAUGGAAGGUCACGGUAUGAGCGUGGACCGACGCCACGUGGAACUCCUGGCCGGACAGAUGACUGCAAGGGGCGAAGUCUUGGGUAUCACCAGAUACGGCCUCGCCAGGAUGAAGGAAUCCGUACUUAAUCUGGCUAGUUUUGAAAAAACAGCGGAUCACCUAUUCGACGCGGCUUACUACGGCCAGACAGAUUGUAUAGAGGGGGUCUCAGAGUCCAUCAUACUCGGGGUCCCAGCGGCCAUCGGGACCGGAGUCCUGCAGCUCCUGCACCAGCAUCCGAGGGCAGAGCCCCCGCAACCCCGGGAACUACUCUUCGACAGACCAGAGCUCCACUCCUCGAUAUGGGAAUAACCCAUAAUCCCUGGCCGUAGACGCAGUUCUUCGACCAGAGUUCCCGUCAAGAAGUAACUUAAAUUUGUACUUUCUUGGCUUGUGUAUAAGACUGGAAAUCAUUUGAUUGUUUGUU